AUGGCUUUUUUCAGCCGCUUUGGCAAUAAGCAGACAGAAGUGGAUUCUGCAACAUCGUCGAGCAAUGAUGCCGUUUCGUCGCAUGAGAUUGUGUCGACUUCGGGCGACUUGAAAUUCGUGGUUGAACAGGGCGGCAAUGGUUCUCAGCCGUCGUAUCAGGAGGUCUCUGGAGCACCUGUCGAGUCAAAGUCUUCUCUUGGAUAUGCCGUCGGACCUGUGACGAUCGUCUUGAUCAACAUCAGCAAGAUGAUAGGAACGGGUGUCUAUUCAACACCGGCGACCAUAUUGAAGGGUACUGGCUCGAUCGGAACCAGUCUGAUCUUCUGGGCCUUGGGUCUCCUUACGUCAGGCACCUCCCUCGCAGUAUACCUCGAAUACGCAUCGUUUUUCCCGAACCGAUCCGGAUCAGAAGUUGUAUACUUGGAGCAAGCUUUCCCUCGACCAAAAUACUUCUUCCCCAUUGCCUUUGCCGUCCAGACAGUGAUUCUGUCGUUCAGUAGUGGCAAUGCGAUCGUCAUGGCUCAGUACCUGUUUAAGAUAGGAGAUCACACACCUUCUGCAUGGGAACAGAAGGGUGUUGCUAUCGCUUGCUAUACCUUGGUCACCUUGUUGUUGAUCUUCCACACCAAGACCUCGUAUCGCAUAUCGAACGCUAUUGGAAUCAUCAAAGUUUUGACACUGAUCUUCAUUGCUGUUACCGGCCUUGUUGUUCUAGGUGGACACACAAGAGUCCAAGAUCCAACGGCCAACUUCCGAAACGCUUUUGAGGGCAAGGCGAGUGGUUAUGGUCUGACAAACAGCCUGGUGAAGAUCAUCUUCUCGUAUGCGGGAUAUGAGAACGCAUUCAACAUCGUCAAUGAGAUCCAGAACCCUGUCAAGACCAUUAAAAGGAACGCAUCGUACUCUCUGAUCGUCGUCACCAUACUCUACCUCCUCGCAAACAUUGCCUAUUUCGCUGCUGUGCCCAAGCUAGAAAUCAUGGAAUCUGGAACGACUGUCGCAAGUCUGUUCUUCACCCAUGUUUUUGGCCACGCCAAAGGUGUCAAAGCCUUCAACCUGCUCAUCGCGUUGAGUGCAUUCGGUAAUCUCAUUGCGGUGCAAAUUGGCCAAUCCAGAUUGAUAAGAGAAUGCGGAAGACAAGGAGUUCUACCAUGGCCACGAUUCUGGGCCUCGACGAGACCAUUCGGUACACCAAUCGGGCCCUAUGCCGUCAAAUGGGCAGUCACCAUAAUUAUGAUUCUGGCACCACCUGCGGGUGAUGCUUUCGCCUUCAUAACAGACCUGCAGAUCUACCCAGCCUCUGCAUUUGCAUUCGCAAUGGCGAUAGGAUUGUACAUUGUGCGUUAUCGUCGCAAGAAGUUGGGUGUUCCGAGAAGCGAGUUUCGCGCGUGGGAUGCUGCUGUCAUCUUCACGAUCCUGCAGAACCUCUACUUGCUCAUUAUGCCUUGGUACCCACCAGAUGGAGGCGCCACAGGCGGAGAUGUCAGCUUCUGGUAUGCGAGCUACUGUGUCGCUGGUAUUGGAAUUCUUCUGCUCUGUGGUGUUUAUUACUACUCAUGGUUGUACGUGCUGCCAAAACUGGGCAAGUAUCAAGUCAAGCAAGAAGUGAUUGUCCUCGAAGAUGGAUCGAGCACCAAUUCGCUUGUCAGAGUGCCAUUGGGUGAAUUGGAAAAGUGGAGCCAAGAUCAUGAUGCGGCAGGCAGAGUGGUUGUGACGGGAAUCCGGGUCGAAGCAAAGAACGAGGGUCGCUCUGAACAAGUAUAA